CAUAAAAAAUCGAAAAAAAGCCGAACGGAGGAACCGGGUGGAACUCUUGGUUGACUUGAAUCUUCCACAACUUGGACGGUUUCAGUAAAUUAUACUUUUCUUUUCUGCGAAUUGUUAAUAAAAAAUGGCUCACAGUCGCCUAGAGAAGAUCGGUACCAUUUUAACCAGAACUCAAGGCCUGCUUCGGUCAGGUGCCAUGAAAUGGGAUGAUCGACCCCUUUGGUAUGAUGUGGUUGUAGCGUUUCCUCCCAAGGAAGAGCCGCGUUACGAUCGCCCCGCCGCAAAUGUGGCAUUGCGUCCGAUCUUCUACAACGAGGAUAACAUAAGAGCAAUCUACCAGCAGAAAAACACACGUUCACUGCAAGCCGUUAAUUUGGCCGAUCAACGCAAUAAAACAGCAACUCAGCAGUUUAUAGAGAUUUAUCAAAAAUUGGAUACACAAGGGGCGUUAGACCAGGAACGAGUGUUUGAAACAGCUCAGGAAAUUUUGGAUGAAAAAAUAAGGCUUCAGAAAUCCGAACGAAAUACUACAACCGCCAUGAGGACUGACUCAGAAACUGUGCCGCCGAAGCCCGAAACCAAAGUGGGGAAAACAGUUCAGCUACAGGACAUUUUCCAAGAUUAGAAACUAAAAGUGGUCCUCGUUUUUAGUCAAUAUAAACCGGUUAGAUUUUUUGAACACAAAUAAAUACAAGAUUUGAAAAUCUGGUACAAACCAGUC